AUGACGGCGACGUCGACGUCGAGGGCUCCGCGGCGCCCCCGCAUCCGCUCCCGCGCGCCGCCGCCCACGCCGAUCCGGACGGCCCGUGGCGCGCGCUCCGCCGCGGCCGACGAGCUCGUCCUCGCCGAGUUCCUCGAGGCCUCCCAGCGCGUCCCCGCCCUCACCCUGCCCCUGCCCAGGAAGAAGCGCUUCGACUUCCCGGCUCCCCCGCCGGCCCCGGACAUCCAAUCGCGGGGCCUGCUGUCGGGCGAGGCGGCCGCCGCGCGGACGGCUGUUGGCGCCGCCGCGGAGGCCGGCGCGUUCCGCGUGGGCGGGACGGUCGGGGCCGGCGAGGUGCGCGCUGCCGUGGAGGCCGGGGAGGCGGUGUUCGGGGCGCCGGAGCGGGUGAAGCGGGAGCUGGGGAGGUUGUUCCAGAGGAGGGAUCGGGUCGUCGGGGAGGAGCUCUACUUGCCAUGGCCGGUGAGCUCGGAGGUGGAUCGGUUGCUGGAGGCGGCCCUGCCCGGCUCGACGUACCGAGCGUUCAGGGAGAAGAUGGACGUUAUCGCGUCUAAAAUGGAGGACCUCGCAAGAUGUGUGGUCACAGUUCUAUCUGACAACGUCAAGAACCCGAAAGACUCUGCUCUGCCUAGAGAAGCCCCAUCGGUUCUCUGUCUAACGCUGUAUAACUGCAACAAGUUGAAAACACGUUGGGGAGAGUUUGGCACCACCGAUCGUCCAGACUCGUACGCCCUGAGCGUCCACCUCUCCGGACGCGACCAGCAAAUUUGCCUCCGGAACCUGGGCGGGUCGACCUUUUUCAAUCUGCCGGCUGGCUCUGCGCUUGUUACGAUCGGCAAGCAGAUUCAGGAAUGGUCCAAUGGGGAGUUCAAGAGCGCUGUUGGCGAGAUACUGUUCGAGCUGACCGACGAGCCAAACCCGUUCAUGUCUCUGGAACUCUUGUACUCUCCAGGAGACCUGCGUCUCUGUGAGGUCGGGCGGCACGCUAGCUGCAUUGACCGUCCUCCCAAGACUGUUCCUUUGAGGGACCAGAUUUUCAUUGCGCUGGUUCUGCUGGUUUUGUACUACCUCUUCUGGUGA